UACAUAAGCUGGCUGUCUGUGACCGAUCGAUUGGGCAAACUACGAUAUGCGAAUAACUCGAACUAUAAAAAUGAUACCAUGAUUCGCAAAGAGGCAUACGUUAGUUCAGCAGUGAUGGAAGAACUAAAAAGAAUCAUUACGGAAAGUGGUAUCAUGUCCGAAGACGAUGCCGUGUGGCCUGAUCCCGACCGGGUGGGUAGACAGGAAUUGGAAAUUGUUUGUGAUGAUGAACAUAUUUCCUUCACAACUUCCAAGAUUGGAUCAUUAAUUGAUAUCACGAAUAGCAAAGACCCAGAGGGACUGCGAAUGUUUUACUACCUGGUGCAAGAUCUCAAAUGCCUUGUCUUCUCACUCAUUGGAUUGCAUUUCAAAAUCAAACCGAUAUAG